AUGACAGCCACAACAAUCCUGAACGAUCUCCUACCUCUACCAAACUUGCUAAAUGUGCAAAUACCCCGUCUAGGCUUCGGUGUCUACCGCUCACCUCCCUCCCAGUGCGAGAAAAGUUGUCUGGCGGCCCUCCUCGCCGGCUACCGACACAUUGACACCGCACAAUUUUACGCCAAUGAGACAGAAGUUGGCAACGCCCUACGCAGCUCCGGUAUGAGGAAAGAAAUAUUUAUUGCUGGAGAAGGACAGGAUGCGUAUGUUGAUUUGUUUUUGAUUCAUAGUGCGAAAUCUGGGAAGGAAGGGAGGAAGGAGCUGUGGCAGGCACUAGAGAAGUUAUUUGAUGAAGGGAAGACGAGGAGUAUUGGUGUUAGUAACUUUGGUGUGGGGCAUAUUGAAGAAAUGAAGGAAUAUGCGAAGGUGUGGCCGCCGCAUGUUAAUCAGAUUGGGGUGCCUUCAUCCAUGGUGCCAACAGAAGAAGCGUAUUCGCCGCUCGUACGGAACUACAAGGCCACCGAGCCAGCUCUCGUCGGGAUCGCGAAGAAGUACGGCAGGUCGACGGCGCAGAUAUUGAUAAGAUACGCUUCACAGAGGGGAUGGGUUCCGUUGCCCAAGAGUGACAAUCCUGAUCGGAUUCAAGCCAACGCCAAUGUUUAUGAUUUCUUCAUCGACGAUGAGGAUAUGGCCGCCUUGAACGCACUGGAUCAGGGGGACGAGGGGGCGAUUGUGCAGGCUGUCAGUAAUGAGUAA